GCAAGGUCUUGUGCUCAUCGCAUCAGUUUUAGUCACCUUCAAACAAUUGUAGGUGUUUCAAUUUUGCAUUUUCGCAUGUAAACCAUUCAAUCAUUUUUGGAAAAUGAGGGAAAAUGAAUUUGAUCUCCUGCCUAAUUAUUUAUUAUUCUUUUUUACAAACGAAAAGCCAUAGCGGGUCUGAACGGCACCUUUUGAGCUAUGGUUGUUUAUUAAAAUUUUCAUGUAGCUAAUGAGCGCUAAUUUUUAUAAGCAGUUCAAGUUUUAUUGAGAAUGAAAUAAAAUCUCACAUUUUAUUGAAAUACAAAUCAAUCUCCUAUUAUUGUCAUAGUAGAAAAAAAAAGUAAAGAAUAUGGUACAUAAGUAUUUUAUAAUGUAUAGUUUCAGUCAUCAGAGAUGGAUCAUUGGGACUAACGAAUUGUGUAAAGUCUGAAUUCGUUGAUUGGGACUAUUGCCAAAAUUAUUACUAUUAGUAUGGCUGUAUUAAGGUCUAGUUCAUUGGUUCAUUCAUUGCAGCGCGGACGUGUUUUAUACGUGGAAGAUGUCUGGGGAUGAGAAAAUUAUUCUAGUCACUGGAGGCUCCGGACUAGUAGGUAGAGCUAUUCAAACUAUCGUUUCCGAGGACUCUAGAGCCAAUGAAAAAUGGAUAUUCAUCAGCUCAAAAGAUGCUAAUCUCUGUGACAAGAAAAGCACUGAGGCAGUGUUUGCAAGGUAUAAGCCAACACAUGUGAUACACUUAGCAGCGAUGGUCGGCGGAUUAUUUCAUAAUAUGUCUCACAACUUGGAUUUUUUGCGGAAUAACUUGCUUAUGAAUGACAACGUACUUCAGACUGCACAUGAAAAUAAUGUUCAUAAAGUUGUCUCAUGUCUAUCGACUUGUAUCUUUCCAGAUAAAACUACAUAUCCUAUUGACGAAACAAUGAUCCACAAUGGUCCCCCGCAUCCCUCCAACUAUGGCUAUAGCUAUGCUAAGAGACUGAUUGAUAUUGCUAACAGAGGCUAUGCUCAACAACAUGGCAGACUUUAUACUAGUGUUAUUCCAUGCAAUGUCUUUGGGCCAUACGAUAAUUUUCAUCCAAGUGAGAGCCAUGUAGUUCCUGGAUUUAUGAGAAAACUGCAUGACCUAAUUGCCGAUGGCAAUACUGAAGACAAAGUUUUUACUGUAUUGGGAUCUGGAAAACCAUUACGACAAUUUAUCUACAGUCUAGACUUGGCGAAGUUAUUCCUCUGGGUUCUUCGAGAGUAUGAUUCAGUGGAUCCCAUCAUAUUGUCGGUUGACGAAUCCCAAGAACUAAAAAUAUCUGAGGUAGCUGAAACUUUGGUGAAGGCCUUUGAUUUCAAGGGAAAAAUUGCGUUUGACUCAUCAGCCGCAGAUGGACAGUAUAAAAAGACGGCCAGUAACGCAAAAUUAAGAAGUUACUUACCCGAUUUUCAAUUCACACCCUUUCAUCAGGCGAUCAAAGAAACAGUGGAAUGGUACCAGGAGAAUUAUGAUCAGGCUCGAAAUUAAGUAAUUUGUCCAUAUGACUGGGAAUAUGAUUCCGUGACUUUCGAUGGCAGCACCAAAUAAAAAAAAUUGUUGACCAACAAAAUAAUAAGUUAAAACUUAAUAUAUCGUAUCUCGUCAAUUUCUCAAAUUUUAUUAUGAGCGGCAUAUGGAUUUGGGAAUGGACACCGGGUUCGCGAGACAGAGCAAGUGAUGAUAAAGUCGAAAUUAAUCAUAUGACGUGUGUAUGAGGUGAUCGCAGGAUUUGAAUAAAUCGUGUAUACGUAGAUUUAUAUAUUGAA